AUGUCGUUGCAAUCUGUAGGACGCCGUUCACUUCAGCGUGCCCAGGACCCCAUUAAGGUGGCGUUGGACUCCAUUCAGGAAGGUGUGGAAAGAAUCGGGAAUGAAAUCCAGAGUGAUCCAAUGUACACGUUGCUCAAACAGGCGCGCGGGACGGGUACAUUGGGAUAUAGUCGCGAAGGAAGCCGAAUUAUCUCCCUAUGGUUGGGAGAUCACCCGGAUCAGCACCCUGAAAUGUUGCCCCGUCGAUAUCCAGGAUUGGACUUCGACCAUAUCAGACUUCUGAUUUUCACGGCUGUGCCUGCGGCGCGCAAGGUGGAUGAACGGAAGUCAACUUCCUACCUGGCAAGACUACGGGCUCUGUCAGAUCAGCUCGUGGAACUUUGUUUCAGCGCAUUUCUCGCUCAAUCGGGACAUUCUAGAGAAGAUCUUAUGCAUUUCUUCGGUGAGGUUCGUGCGAGGGCAGAACUCGCUAGCAACAUAAUCUUCGCACAAUCACGGAAUCCACCACGCGCUACCGUUGCUGAGGAUAGGGAGUCCCAAGUUUUUGUUCAGCCGUCUAGGCAACCUCGUGUUAUCGGUCAACAAAGACGACCUUGGGAAGUCAGUGUCCAAGACCAUCGACAGCCUCAUGUCGUCGUCGAUCGCACCGGUCGGCGGGUGACCCAUGAGUGA